GUUUCAUCUCCAUUGCAGCUUUGAUUUUGCUGCGACAUCGUUUACCGACGUUGUCAGGCACAGGUGGUCGUCUGCUUCUCUCCAACAGUUUCAUCAAACGGCGAUGAAGGCUUGGAGAGUUACAUGCUAACAAAAGCUGUUGGCUGAACAAAGAAUAAUGAAGGGUACAACAGCGUGCAGAGACAUAAGUAGAGAACAUCCAACCUACAAACAAAUGUGAGAUCCGGCGACAGCGAGGAAAUUACCUGCAGACAACUGUUGGAUCAUUGUUUGUCAUGAAAGUGUAGACGAUGAUAAAGAAAAGGAGCUUCCUCAUCGCCGUGAGCACUAUCGGCAUCGUCGUCCUGGUCAUCACGAUUAACUACAACUGGACCCUGGACAGAAGGCGCACCUGGGUCCUGUGGACAACGAAUGAACCUCAACUCACUCUGACGAACACAGAGACCAGCAUAUUUGAACUGAUGGACAGCUGCCUUCAACACAAGGAAUCACUCUCGACAGAAGAGUUACUCAAGGCUCGUCAAUGCCUGAAGAGGGCGACAACCGAGAUAACUCUGAUGAAGCUCAAGCAGCCAAAGACCGAUGAAGACUUCAAUCUAACCAAGGCCCUGUACCCUCUGAGUACGGAGCGAGAGACUGCGAGACGGAGAGUAGAAUCAACGGCGAGAGAAGUCUUCUACUUCAUCACUGCCAAGAUGGACGCACUCAGCCACGGAAACUUUUCUUCGGAUGAGUCUGCCAAACAGCUUCUAAACAAUACAAAGGAAGAGCUUAAAGGCUAUAAAUGGGCGCUGCUCAAUGGCCUUCACCUACUGCGUCACGUGGACGAGGACGAGGAAUGGCGAGGGACGAUGUCCAGACAACUCGGGCAACUGGUUCAGCGACGUUUGUACGAUCUGCAGAAUCCACACAAUUGCACGACAGCAAAACUUGUCGUCUGCAACUUGGACAGAAAAGAUGGCUUCCUGAGCAUGUUGCACGAGGCGACGAUGUGUCUGUUGACGGCCUACGCCACACACCGGACACUUGUUCUCACAACCAACGGCUGGAGGUUCACCCCGAGCACCUGGGACACCUUCAUGAUGCCGCUGUCUACCUGUACAGCUAAUGACACUAGAGACAUGGACCCUAAAAAUCAAGCAGUGUCUUCUCGCGUCGUUCAACUGAAAACUUUGGUAGGAGACUGGAACAAUUCACCGGCCAAAUUUCGACCUCGCGCCAUCCCAGCAGACCUGGCCAAGAGGCUCAGGGCCUUCCACGGUGACCCCCCGACCUGGUGGGUCGGUCAGCUGGUCAGCUUCCUCCUGCGUCCUCAGCCUCACUUGCAGCAGACGAUCAACGCACAAGCGGAGAGAAUAGGAUUCCAGCGUCCUAUUGUCGGCAUUCAAGUGAGACGAACAGAUAAGGUCAACGAUGAAGCGGUUUUGCACAGUCUGGAGGAGUACAUGAAGCACGUGGAGGAGUAUUACGACCUGAGACAGCAGCACGAGGACAUCAAAGAACGCCGACUGUUUCUGGCCACAGACGAACCCUCGCUCUUCGCGGAACUUCAGAAGAAGUACCCGCAUUAUAACAUCAGCAGGGUGGAGGGUAGCGCUGACACAUCGUCGGUAAAGUCGCGAUUUACGAGAGGAGGACUGAGUGCGAUCCUCGUGGACCUUCACCUCCUGUCCAUGUGUGACUUUGUCGUCUGCACCUACACUUCCAAUGUCUGUCGGGCGGUGUACGAACUGAUGCAGACGAGACAUGGCGACGCCUCCCACAAGGUGUAUUCUCUGGACUCCUCGGUGUAUUAUGUGACCUACUACGAUAUCUACUAUCAACGAGCUGUAAUAAGCCACGAUGCGAGGUCUGCUGCUGAAGUUUCUUUUCAAGUUGGAGACCUCCUACACAUCCACUCAUAUCUUUACCAUUUGAAGGAGCGAGCUGUAGCUGGUAACUUGAGGAACGGAUCCACGUUUGGCAUGAACACUCGCACAGGGAAACUGGGUUUGUUCCCCUCCUACAAGGCUGUCGACGAAAUCGUUGAAGAAAACAUGGGGGAAAACAUUUAGGUCUUCGUAUAGUUUGAAAUGCCAUAACACGUGAUUUACAUUCAUAUUGGAAUGAUUGAUAAUUUUUUCAUCUGUGCAUCAUCAUCAUCAUCAUCAUCAUCAUCAUCAUCAUCUCUCUGUUCCAUUGUUUUA